CCCCCCCCCCCUUGUCUAGAGUUCUUGUUUUUCCUUACGAUUCACUUUAUUUUUGGUAAGCUUUUUCGAACAAAUUACAAGCCCUGCCAUUUCUGGUUCAUACCAGAUUGGCAGGGACAAACCAUAUCGCGGAAUCGUUCGCCACGAGCCCAUCGUACUGGAUCACCUCACUAACUGUCUUCCAGCACAUAUCUCAUUCCUUGAUACUCUUUACUGCUCUUACUCAUGACUGUUGAUCUGAUGUCGUACUGUUUUCCUGCCUGUUUUAUGGAGCCAUGCGGGGCCUGGAGUUCGGGCCACGGGGAGAAUUUAGCAGGCCAUGGGGGCGGACUGCGGGGGAUUUCUGGGCGCUGUGCUCGAUGUGAUCUGGGGUUAGUAAUUCAACGCUCUGCGUUUCGACCAUUAACCAGUGACCUAGCUAGUGCAGUGCUUUGGCGUUCCGUGUGGGCUUCCCUCGUGUUUGGUGAGGGUGCGAACCGUGGAUCUGGACUCGGGAACCCUGGAGGACCCUGGCAUUUUCGUCAUUUCGUCGCUCAUUUCAUUCAACUGUCUGUGGUCAUCUUCGCGAACCUCCUGGCUGGUGAAUCUUCCGAGCUCUGUGGACUGGCGAAUGGGACGUGGGAGUUUGGAGCGGGAUUUUCUGCUUGUUGCGCACGAUGUGAUCUGGGGUUAUUAAUUCAACGCUUUGCGUUUCGACCGCUAACCAGUGACCUAGUUUGUGCAACAUGUGGGGAAUCUGUCUUUUAGACUGCUGCUUAUCUUGUUUGUCAUGUUUUUAGGAUUGGUAGAUUUGCUGUCUGCGAAUUUUUUGUUGAAAACCUGUAUUCCAUGUGGUUAAAGCAAUGCGCUCGUUACGCUUAUUUUCUUUAUCGCAACAGCAGCCGCGUGUGGCGGCAGCUAUUUGGUGCCGUGUGACAACGUCACAGCGCAAAAAGCGAAUGAAAAUUCAAAACACAACCAUUUUUUAAUGUUUUUAUCUUUGAAAUGAAUAAAUUUCUACUGUUUAAAUGUUAUUGGAAAAAAUUGGUUUUGUUGAUGGAUUUGAAAUAAUGCGUGAUUCUUCGUACUUCCCGAACUGUUUGUUACUCUCCAUAUGGCUGCUGCUCUCCGUACCAGUUUUAAAUUCCGCAUCCGCUUCGACAUCAUCCCCACCUGUUGAUAUCUCCCCGCACAGCAUCGCAUGGGGUCCCGGCCUCGAUCCCUCCGUAGUACUGCCAGCCCGCUACUUUUUUAUCCAAGCGGUUGAUUCGUCCGGACAGAAUUACACCGCAUCACCUGGAGCCAGUGCCUUGCAGCUGAGCAUCGACAGUCUCCGCGGUCGCUGUCCCAUCUUCCAGGAACUGCUGGAUCGCAAAGACGGCACGUAUCUUGCGCGCUAUCGGCUGUACGAGCCGUGCGAUGGCCUGCAGAUCGCGAUCACCACGGAGAAUGGGCAGCAUGUGGCGGGAUCGCCGUUUGUGUUCGAGGGGAAAGUGAUGCAUGCAGAUUGUGAUUGUCCCGUUGCUGCGGAAAAAUGGAAAGAGCUUUCACAGUGUCCUCUGACGUAUUCGCAGAUCGAUCGCGAUCUUGAGCAGUUUGCACCAUCGGGAAAAUACAACAUGUCGGAAGUCUUUGAGGCGCUGUCCUCACGAUUUCAUCCGCAGUCGGCAUGUUUCUGUUACUACAUGAUAAAAAAUCAGCGUCUGUAUAAGAAAUGUUUCGGUGAGCAUGUGGGGUUUGCCAUGUUCAUGGAUCAGCUGAUUUUGUUGCUGUUACGACGGACCAAAUUACCGGAUGUGGAAUUUGUGGUGAAUUUGGGCGAUUAUCCUUUAUCAGCCAAGUACAGGAAAGGCAACAAAAUGCCGGUGUUUUCUUGGUGUGGAGCGGAUGAUCAUUACGAUAUUGUUAUGCCGACGUACGAUGUUACCGAAUCCAGUCUUCACGCUAUGGACCGUGUUUCGUUGGAUAUGUUAUCGGUGCAAGCGACACAAACUCCAGUAUGGCAAGAGAAAAUUCCCAAAGCGUUUUGGCGCGGCCGAGACGCCCGAGAGGAGCGCUUGAAACUGGUGCAACUUGGCCGCAACAACUCCGAUUUGAUCGAUGCCGGGCUGACACAUUUCUUCUUCUUUCGGGAUCAGGAAUCCCUCUACGGACCAACCGUGCCGAGUGUGAAUUUCUUCCAGUUUUUCCAGUACAAAUACCAAUUAAACCUGGACGGAACCGUUGCCGCUUAUCGAUUCCCGUAUUUGCUGGCCGGUGAUAGUCUGGUGUUCAAGCAAGAAUCUGCCUAUUACGAGCACUUUUAUCAUGAUCUCCAGCCCUGGACGCACUACAUCCCGGUUCGAAGAGAUCUGGAUGAUUUGGUGGAGCAGUUGCAGUGGGCGCGCAGCCAUGACGAGGAAGCGCAGCGAAUUGCUAAACGCGGAUCUGAUUAUGCUAGAGAGAAUCUCUUACCUGUUAAUGUGUUUUGUUACUAUGUUUUACUGUUUGAAAAAUGGUCGUCCAUGACUGUGAUGAAUUCUUACUCAGCUGAUGAUGGCUUUGCAGCGGUUCCGCAGGUGCCGGAAAAGAGCGGUAAAUGUGACUGCGGAAAUAAUAUUGGUUUCAAAGAGGAGUUAUAACAA